GUUCCUUUGUACAGAAUCCAUUUUGAGAUGACAGAGCAGAAAACACUAUCUGGAGAGAAGUAAUAAUAAAGGGUCAAGUGCUCUAAAAUGAGUCUCUCUGGGGAGAGAGAGGAGGGGAGCCCUGCCUCUAAAAUGAGUCUCUCUGGGGAGAGAGGGGAAGGGGUCCCUGCCUCUGAAAUGAGUCUCUCUGGGGAACAUGACACCAAAGCUAAGAGUCUAAUCAAGCAGGAGAGACCAGCCUCCCCUGUACCCAGCUGUGUGUCCAUGAAGAGUGAUGAGUCCAUGGAUCCUCCUAUAAUGUUUAGAGAUGGAGACUUUUCUACUGAACAAAGCAACCAACAGGAGAGAUCAGAGUCAGAGUCCAAUGGCGACAAGCUUUACACCACUCCAGCCAAUGCUUGGCAUUGCACAUGGUGAUCUUAGUCUUGUGUGCGGCUUCUCAGCCAUGGAAACCCAUUUCAUGGAGCUCCCGACAAACAGCUUUUGUCCUGACAUUGCUUCCAGAUGCAGUUUGGAACUUGGUAGUGCGUGUUGCAACCGAGGACAGACGACUCUCAUGUGCUUUAGCACUUUGCGGUCCCGUUCUGUGAGCUUGUGUGGCCUACCACUUCGCGACUGAGCCGUUGUUGCUCCUAGACGUAACCGCUACACAAUAACUGCGCUUAGAGUUGAUCGGGGCAGCUCUAGCAGGGCAGAGAUUUGACACAUUGACUUUUUGACGGUGCCACGUUGAAAGUUACUGAGCUCUUCAGUACCGGCCAAUCUAUGGAGAUUGCAUGGCUGUGUGCUUAAUUUCAUACACCUGUCAGUCACGGCUGUGGCUAGAAUAGCCUAAUCCACUCAUUUGAAGGGGUGUCCACAUACUUUUGUAUAUACAGUAUAGUGUACAUGCUCUGUCCUGCUACUUACUGGUAGGCCAGUAUAUUAUGUGAACUGAUCUGAACAGGUUUAGGCUGGUCAUCUAGGAUAUGUAGGCUAUAGCCGAGGUAAAGACAUUCAUCUGAAUAUCACUAACAAACCACUGUCGCACAUUUCAACCUAGCCUGCUUUACUCAAUAUAAAAAUCUCUUACUUGUUGCAAAAAAACCUCAAUGAUUUCCCCCUCAGAUCAAUCAUGCCCAUUUUAGCCCUUCGGUCUACAUUCUCAGAUACGUUUAGAAAAUAACCAAUUAAAAGACAAUAAAUUGAUAAAAUUUUAUAAAAAUAAGUGUGAGACAUGGCCUUGUGUUUCCACACUGUCUAUAACUACCUUAACAAACAGUGAAUAUUAUUAUUAUUGACAGUUACCAUGGAGAAGUGAUGUUCAUGUAAUUGCAUUAAGUCCCUUAACUAUUUGGAUGUAUCUAUUAGUUCAUGUUUUAUUUAUAAGAGACAAUGAAUAAAUGAGAACGAUUGACAUUAAAUAAUUAGUUGUCAUUGUGUUAACCACAACCAACAUGCUGGAUCUCUGUUUAGGGGUCAGUGCUCUAAAAUGAGUCUCUCUGGGGAGAGAGAGGAGGGGGGCCCUGCCUCUAAAAUGAGUCUCUCUGGGGAGAGAGGGGAAGGGGUCCCUGCCUCUAAAAUGAGUCUCUCUGGGGAACAUGACACCAAAGCUAAGAGUCUAAUCAAGCAGGAGAGACCAGCAUCCCCUGUACCCAGCUGUGUGUCCAUGAAGAGUGAUGAGUCUAUGGAUCCUCCUAUAAUGUUUAGAGAUGGAGACUUUUCUACUGAACAAAGCAACCAACAGGAGAGAUCAGAGUCAGAGAUUCUCAGUGGUCAGUCUUCCCAGGGUCAACAUAUAGACCUGACCUCCAUAUUCAAUUUGCUUGAAGAGAAUAUUAUGACAUUUGUGAAGAAUGAGCUGAAGAUGUUUAAGAGGAUUCUUGGUCCAGAACUCCCAGAAGGCUUUGAGAGUCAGAAGCAGGAUAAGGAAGUGGUGGAUGCUGAAGAUGAGAAGCAGGAGAGAAUUGCCAGAGAGGGGGCUCUGAAGAUCACACUGCACAUCCUGAGGAAAAUGAACCAGAAGGAGCUUGCUGACACACUGGAGAAAAAUUCAGAUGAGCUUGCUGAGAUUUGCCAACGUGAACUCAAAUCUAAUCUAAAGAAGAAGUUUCAAUGUGUAUUUGAGGGGAUCGCUCAACAAGGAAACCCAACACUUCUCAAUAAGAUCUACACAGAGCUCUACAUCACAGAGGGUGGAACAGGAGAGGUCAAUAAUGAACAUGAGCUGAGACAGAUUGAGACAACAACCAGGAAACAAGCAAGACCAGAGACUGCAAUCAAAUGUAACGACAUCUUCAAACCCUUAACUGGACAAGACAAACUUAUCAGAACUGUGCUGACAAAGGGAGUCGCUGGCAUUGGAAAAACAGUCUCUGUGCAGAAGUUCAUUCUGGACUGGGCUGAAGGAAAAGCAAAUCAGGAUGUUCAAUUUGUAUUUUCAUUCCCUUUUCGUGAGCUGAAUUUGAUGAAAAGGGAAAAACACACUUUGAUUGAACUUCUCAAUCACUUCUCAAUGGAAACCAAACAAUCAAGAAUCUCCAACUACGACAAGUACAAAGUUCUGUUCAUCUUUGAUGGUCUGGAUGAGUGCCAACUGCCCCUAGACUUCCAGAAAAACAAGAUCUGUUGUGACGUCACAGAGUCAACCUCAGUGGAUGUUCUGCUGACAAAUCUCAUCAAGGGAAAUCUGCUUCCCUCUGCUCUCCUCUGGAUAACUACCCGACCUGCAGCAGCCAAUAAGAUCCCUUCAGGGUGUGUUGACCAGGUGACAGAGGUACGAGGGUUCAAUGACCCACAGAAGGAGGAGUACUUCAGAAAGAGAUUCAGUGAUGAUGAGGACCUGGCCAGCAGUAUCAUCUCACACAUAAAGACAUCAAGGAGCCUCCACAUCAUGUGCCACAUUCCAGUCUUCUGUUGGAUUUCUGCAAUAGUCAUUGAACACAUGCUGAAGCAUAAGAGAGAAGAGAUGCCCAAGACUCUGACUGAGAUGUACACACACCUUGUGGUGUUUCAUACCAAAUGGAAGAAUGAAAAGUAUCACUGGAAUCAAGAGAGCAUUCUGUCACUGGGAAAACUGGCUUUUCAACAGCUUGUGAAGGGCAAUCUGAUUUUCUAUGAAGAAGACCUGAAAGAGGCUGGCAUUGAUGUCAAUGAAGCUUCAGUGUAUUCAGGAUUGUGCACACAGCUCUUUAAAGAGGAAUGUGGGCUGUACCAGGACAAGGUGUACUGCUUCGUGCAUCUGAGCAUUCAGGAGUUUCUGGCUGCUGUAUAUGUGUUCCUCUCAUUCAUCAACAACAACAAGAAUCUAAUGGCCAAACCGCAAUCAAUGUUAAGCUACUUUUUUGCUCUGUUCAGAUACGAGUCUGACGUUACUCUCUACAAGAGAGCUGUGGAUAAAGCCUUACAAAGUGAGACGGGAAACCUGGACCUUUUCCUCCGCUUCCUUCUGGGCCUCUCACUGGAGUCCAAUCAGAAGCACUUAGGAGGUCUACUGACAAAGACAAGAAGCAGCUCACAGAGCCAUGAAGAAACAGUCAAGUACAUCAAGGAGAAGAUCAGGGAGAAUCCCUCUCCAGAGAGGUGCAUCAAUCUGUUCCACUGUCUGAAUGAACUGAAUGACCAUUCUCUAGUGGAUGAGAUCCAAAGAUACCUGAGAUCAGGAAGUCUCUCAGAAGCCAGACUCUCACCUGCACAGUGGUCAGCUCUGGUCUUUGUGCUGCUGACUUCAGAGAAGGAGGUGGAAGUGUUUGACCUGAAGAAAUACUCCAGAUCAGAGGAAGGUCUGCUGAGGCUGCUGCCAGUGGUCAAAGCCUCCAGAGUUGCUCUGCUGUCAGGCUGUGGAGUCACAGAGGAAGGCUGUGCUUCUCUGGUCUCCGCUCUGGAGUCAAACCCCUCAAACCUGAGAGAGCUGGAUCUGAGUAACAAUGACCUGAAGGAUUCAGGAGUGAAGCUGCUCUCUGCUGGACUGGGGAAUCCUCACUGUAAACUGGAGUCUCUGAGGCUGUCAGGCUGUCUAGUCACAGAGGAAGGCUGUGCUUCUCUGGUCUCAGCUCUGAGGUCAAACCCCUCACACCUGAGAGAGCUGGAUCUGAGUAACAAUGACCUGAAGGAUUCAGGAGUGAAACUUCUCUCUGCUGGACUUGGGAAUCCCCACUGUAAACUGGAGACCCUGAGGCUGUCACGCUGUCUAGUCACAGAGGAAGGCUGUGCUCCUCUGGUCUCAGCUCUGAGGUCAAACCCCUCACACCUGAGAGAGCUGGAUCUGAGUAACAAUGACCUGAAGGAUUCAGGAGUGAAGCUUCUCUCUGUUGGACUGGGGAAUCCCUACUGUAAACUGGAGACCCUGAGGCUGUCACGCUGUCUAGUCACAGAGGAAGGCUGUGCUCCUCUGGUCUCAGCUCUGAGGUCAAACCCCUCACACCUGAGAGAGAUGGAUCUGAGUAACAAUGACCUGAAGGAUUCAGGAGUGAAGCUUCUCUCUGUUGGACUGGGGAAUCCCUACUGUAAACUGGAGACCCUGAGACUGUCAGGAUGUCUAGUCACAGAAGAAGGCUGUGCUUCUCUGGUCUCAGCUCUGAAAUCAAACCCCUCACACCUGAGAGAGCUGGACCUGAGUUACAAUCACCCAGGAGACUCAGGAGUCAGACUGCUCUCUGCUGGACUGGAGGAUCCACACUGCAGACUGGAGAAACUCAAUGUGGAACAUGGUGGAGAGAACAGAAUGAAACCUGGGCUUAGAAAAUAUGCCUGUGAUCUCACACUGGACCCAAACACAGCACACAGACUCCUCUCUCUGUCUGAGGAGAACAGAAAGGUGACAUGUACGAGAGAGGAGCAGCCGUAUCCUGAUCACCCAGAGAGAUUUGAGGAUGAUGAACAGGUGCUGUGUAGAGAGAGUCUGACUGGGCGCUGUUACUGGGAGGUAGAGAGGAGUGGGAGAUGGGCUGAUAUAGGAGUGACAUAUAAAGGAAUCAGCAGGAGAGGAAGGGUUAAUGACUGUGGGAUUGGACAGAAUGACAAAUCCUGGAGUCUGUUCUGCUCUGACAAUAGUUACACAGCCAGGCACAAUAAUAAUCUCACUACCAAAUACGUCCCCUCCUCCAGAUCCCACAGAGUAGGAGUGUAUCUGGACUGGCCAGCCGGCACUCUGUCCUUCUACAGAGUCUCCUCUGACACACUGACCCACCGUUACACAUUCCACACCACAUUCACUGAGCCCCUCUAUCCAGGGUUUAGUGUUUGUGAUGACUCCUCAGUGUCCCUGUGUCAGGUGGUCCCUGUGUCAAACACAACAUGAUGUUUCACUCUAAUCAUGUGUUUUAUGUUUGAUCAGAAUAUGACGUUUAAAUACGUUCCAUACGCACAGAAAGCUUAUAAAUUUUACAUCCCUGUUAGUGAGCAUUUCUCCUUUGCCAAGAUAAUCCAUCCACCUGAAAGGUGUGACAUUUCAAGAAGCUGAUUAAACUGCAUGAUUAUUACAAAGGUACACCUUGUGCUGGGGACAAUAAAAAAUGUGCAGUUUUGUCACAUAACACAAUGCAAGACGUGUUUCAAGUUUUGAGGGAGCAUGCAAUAUGCAUGCUGACUGCAGGAAUGUCCAACAGAGCUGUUGCUAGAUAAUUUAAUAUUCCCAAUCAUGUGAGAUCCAUAGAUUAGAGCCUAAUGAAUUUAUUUCAAUUGACUGGGUUCCUCAUAUGAACUGUAACUCAGUAAAAUCUUAGAAAUUGUUGCGUUUAUAUUUUAGUUCAGUAUAACAAAAAAGAGCAGUUCUAAAUGUUUUAUGUUUGAUAUGAUGUUAAUAGAAUAUAAAAAAAGAUUUUGUGUGGAGGUGCUGACUAACGGCGAAUAAACUUUUAAAAUAAACAGUUGCACACUCCAUAUAUAAACUCGCAGUCAUCUAACACUGUACCUUGCCGAAACGUUGGUGAUUUACCCAAUAAAUGACUGGGAGUUUAUAUAUGGAGUGUGUGACUCUCUUUAUUUUUAAAGUCUAUAGUUUAUUCGCCGUUAGUCAGCACGUUAUUUUUUUAUAGCUCAUAAUUUAUUCGCUGUGUGUGACUCUCUUUACUGAUAUGAUGUUAGUAAGCACUAAGUCAUCCUUUCUCUAAAUGGUAGUAACACUAAGUCAUUCCAUCCUUUCACUAAAUGAUAGUAACAAUAAGUCAUUCCAUCCUUUCACUAAAUGAUAGUAACAAUAAGUUAUUCCAUCCUUUCUCUAAAUGGUAGUAACACUAAGUUAUUCCAUCCUUUCACUAAAUGGUAGUAACACUAAGUCAUUCCACCCUUUCACUAAAUGAUAGUAACACUAAGUCAUUUCAUCCUUUCACUAAAGCUCUAAAGUAACUUUAUAUUGACAGAUGCCUCAUGUCAGUGUUCUGGAUUUUGAUGAAAGGAAAUCCCACAUAACCUACUGGCCAGGACUUUUCUAUGGCAUCUUCUGUUUGGGUGUCUCAGGUCAGGUCUGCACCACGAUCAGAAUCAAAUCAAAUCAAAUCAAAUUAAAUGUAUUUAUAUAGCCCUUCGUACAUCAGCUGAUAUCUCAAAGUGCUGUACAGAAACCCAGCCUAAAACCCCAAACAGCAAACAAUGCAGGUGUAAAAGCACGGUGGCUAGGAAAAACUCCCUAGAAAGGCCAAAACCUAGGAAGAAACCUAGAGAGGAACCAGGCUAUGUGGGUGGCCAGUCCUCUUCUGGCUGUGCCGGGUAGAGAUUAUAACAGAACAUGACCAAGAUGUUCAAAUGUUCAUAAAUGACCAGCAUGGUCGAAUAAUAAUAAGGCAGAACAGUUGAAACUGGAGCAGCAGCACAGUCAGGUGGACUGGGGACAGCAAGGAGUCAUCAUGUCAGGUAGUCCUGGGGCACGGUCCUAGGGCUCAGGUCCUCCGAGAGAGAGAAAGAAAGAGAGAAAGAGAGAAUUAGAGAGAGCACACUUAAAUUCACACAGGACACCGAAUAGGACAGGAGAAAUACUCCAGAUAUAACAAACUGACCCUAGCCCCCCGACACAUAAACUACUGCAGCAUAAAUACUGGAGGCUGAGACAGGAGGGGUCAGGAGACACUGUGGCCCCAUCCGAGGACACCCCCAGACAGGGCCAAACAGGAAGGAUAUAACCCCACCCACUUUGCCAAAGCACAGCCCCCACACCACUAGAGGGAUAUCUUCAACCACCAACUUACCAUCCUGAGACAAGUCUGAGUAAAGCCCACAAAGAUCUCCGCCACGGCACAACCCAAGGCGGGGGCACCAACCCAGACAGGAUGAUCACAUCAGUGACUCAACCCACUCAGGUGAUGCACCCCUCCCAGGGACGGUAUGAGAGAGCCCCAGUAAGCCAGUGACUCAGCCCCUGUAAUAGGGUUAGAGGCAGAGAAUCCCAGUGGAAAGAGGGGAACCGGCCAAGCAGAGACCGCAAGGGCGGUUCGUUGCUCCAGAGCCUUUCCGUUCACCUUCCCACUCCUGGGCCAGACUACACUCAAUCAUAUGAUAUACUUACAGUACCAGUCAAAAGUUUGGACACACCUACUCAUUCAAGGGUUUUUAUUUAUUUUUACUAUUUUCUACUUUGUAGAAUAAUAGUGAAGACAUAAAACUAUGAAAUAACACAUAUGGAACCAUGUAGUAAUCAAAAAAGUGUUAAACAAAUAGCCACCCUUUCUCUUGGUGAAAGCUUUGCACACUCUUGGCAUUCUCUCAACCAGCUUCACAAGGAAUGCUUUUCCAACAGUUUUGAAAGAGUUCCCACAUAUGCUGAGCACUUGCUGGCUGCUUUCCCUUCACUCUGCAGUCCAACUCAUCCCAAACCAUCUCAAUUUGUGAUGAGGUCGGGUGAUUGUGGAGGCCAGGUCAUCUGAUUCAGAACUCCAUCAUUCUCCUUCUUGGUCAAAUAGCCCUUGCACAACCUGGAGGUGUGUUGGGUCAUUGUCCUGCUGAAAAACAAAUGAUUGUCCCACUAAGCCCAAACCAGAUGAGAUGGCGUAUCGCUGCAGAAUGCUGUGGUAGCCAUGCUAGUUACGUGUGCCUUGAAUUCUAAAUAAAUCCCUGACAGUGUCACCAGCAAAGCAUAGCGCUUUUUUGCGACUCCACUUGAAGAAACUUUCAAAGUUCUUGAAAUGUUCCAGAUUGACUGACCUUCAUGUCUUAAAAUAAUGAUGGACUGUCAUUUCUCUUUGCUUAUUUGAGCUGUUCUUGACAUAAUAUGGGCUUGAUCUUUUAACAAAUAGGGCUAUCUUCUGUAUACCACCCCUUCCUGGUCACAACACAACUGAUUGGCUCAAACACAUUAAGAAGGAAAGAAGGCAAAGCACACCUGUUAAUUGAAAUGCAUUCCAGGUGACUACCUCAUUAAGCUGGUUGAGAGAAGGCCAAGAGUUUGCAAACCUGUCAUCAAGGCAAAGGGCGGCUACUUUGAAGAAUCUCAAAUAUAAAAUAUAUUUUGAUUUGUGCAACACUUUUUUGAUACUACAUGAUUCCAUGUGUUAUUUCAUAGUUUUGAUGUCUUCACUAUUAUUCUACAACGUAAUUCUACAAUGAGUCUAAUGGAAUAGACAGGUUUGCUUUCUCCAAAGUAUUGUCUUUUCAUUGACCUGUUAGUUGUGGAGUUUGUAAAUAUCAAUUUAGAUUAUUUUGUAAAUAUUGUCAUUUGAACAUCUAGAUCACCAUCUUUAAAUAAAAUUGUCACACCCGGA